AUUAAAUAAUAAUAUGCAUACAUAAAUCUCACUAUGCACAUUUUCUGCAAUAUGGGCUUUCCGUGCGGAAUAAAUUCUGUCUCUCGUGAAUGCGUCAAAAUAUGUAAAUGAGGUGACAAACACAAAUAAUUCCACUGUAUAUUUUACAUCUACAUUUUAAAGUUAAUAAGUAUUUGGAGGGAAUUCAGUGCACGUUUGUAUACUCAAAGUUCUUUUUACCAAAUUUUCUAAAAUUAAAAGAAGCCUUUUUUGGAGUGCAUAGUUGCAUUUUUCUUUGUAUUCUUCAUAAACUUGUGUAGACAGAUAUUAAAAACUUCCUACGGAAUGAUUCCUUUCAGAACUGUUAUUGGUAUAUAACUAUUCACGUUUCUCCAAAAAUGUACCGGGCUGACGUCAAAAAUAACUAAUUGCGAUUUGUGCGGGAUCGAGCCUAUCGUUGUGCGCGCAUAGCCUUGAGAUUCGGCGGGGUAAGGUUAUCUUGAUGCCACUGUACAUAAGAAGAUUGAUUGAUUCCCUCCUGUAAUCUUGUCACAUAUUAUUUAGUAAGAGUCACAUGUAACAAAUAAUCACCGAUUUUUACUCAUUUCCACAUAUGCAUAUUAAAUAAGUAACACAUUUCCUCAUCGACGACCACUCAUCUAGAGUAAUUAGUCCAAUUAAAUAAUUUGUGAUUAAGAUUAUAUUAUUGCCCUUGUUCUACAUUCAAUACACUCAUUUCAAUCGGUAUCUUAAUAAUCUACUUAAAACUAAGCAAAUGGGGACAUGCGGGAAGGAUGUCAUCAAGUUAUUGCCAAAUCAUUGACACAAAAUACUUGGUAACAACUUGCUACCGAAUCGUAACAAUAAUUUCUUAAAAAUUCUCGGUCAUAGCAAUUUUAAUUUCGUGUAAAUUUUUGUUACAUUUUUGUUACAAAUCGUUACCAACCCGGUAAAGCUUAAUGUAAACAAUUUUAUUAACUUAUUUUGAGCGUAAUGAAAUCCUCCUGAAAAAGCAACUUACUUACUGCACCGUCCCUCGUAAUAGUAAAUCCAGCGGAAGUAUGUUACAUUUAUCUGUUUCGGGAUCUCCUCAGCGGAUGCCUUAUAAUAGCAAAAACUAAAAGUAGCCUAGAAAUCCAUCCACCUCCACUUGAAGAACGCAUUACGGUGAGAAAUCCACCAGGUAAGUUGGACCGUGGGAAGCGAUAAAGUCGUUUCCGUAUCAGCACAAUUUGCCAUUACGUACUUACCUACAACGCUUCCAUUAAUUAACUAACCAACGUUUCCAUUGAGGAGCUACAUAAUCCAACCUCGAGGGUUAAUAAUGCUGCGACAACAAUAACAAAUUUAUCAGGGACAAAAAUCAGGUUAUCUUAAAAAUGGCACACAAUUAUUACGAAUCCGUCAAUUAUUCAGUCUUCUUGAUGUCUGUCGUAUGUACGCAAUCAGUUCUUCUAGUCUCUUCUCACGUUUGCAAAAAUCAUUGCAAAAAAUUUUAUUAUUCAUAAAAAAUGAAUUUUCAAAAUUUUAAAAACUGUUGGAAACUUUCACUCUUAAUUUUUUUACUGUACUUUCUCCCCCGUCAAUUGGUGACUUGUGUGAAGAUAAAGUCUGGAAAAGUGACGACAACCACGCCGUCCAGUGAUCAACAGUUUUUUAACCCUAAAUUUAAUCCGUCCCAACAAAUAGUGACGGACGUUUUGACCCCGACACGUGACCAAGUUGGGGGGAGGAGGAAGGGGAGCGGGAAGGGGAAAAAGGGUAAAAAUAGUGGGGGUGCGUGGACCCUGGAAUAUCCACGAGUUCCGGGUGAAAAUUUGAGUUUAAAUGCAAAUUUUAGUAAAAAUCAGGACACAUUUUCGACACAGAAUUCACUCAGGAAUUCGUUUACUUUCUCACCCACGGGAUUAGAGGAGGCGAGUUGGGUAGGAAUUGGGGAAAAUGGCGUGACCCACAAAUCUCAAGCCGUGUCGUCAACGCCCACACCCUCGCAAAAUUAUGCCGUUCUCAACAGACAACCAAUAUUGCCACCGGUACCGCUCCCAACGCCAGAACCACGUCUGCCCGCAGAUCACUACACUACGCCUACUUCAGUUUCCGUAAAUCGAAUCGGGCUAUAUGUGCCUGACACAGACGGCGAAAAUGAUGACGAUCGAGAAGAUGAGGAUUCACAUUCGGAAGAAAAAUCAAAGGAACAUUCAAAACGGAAAACUAAAAAGAAGAAAAAGUCCAAAGAACGUAGGCAUUCUCAAAAAAAUCGUAGCGAUUUGUCCUCCAGCAAUGAUGAUGGCGAUGGACCACCAGGCACGAUGGAUGUCAAGAUCCAGCAACUAGAACAGCUCGUUACCUCUCUUUCUAAAAAUGUGGACGUGAUGCGCCAAAAUACGCAAGUGAUCUCGAAGGGUUUCAACAUCUUGUCGACACGCUUUAAUAAAUUGUCCUCUGAUCAAGACGAGCUGAGUUUGAAGCUGGACAAAAAAUUUGUCCUUGUCGAAGAGGGUAUCAUCCGCAUGCAAAAGGAAGUUGGAAAAAAACUUAAAGACAUUGAAGCCAAGGGGGAAGCUGGAAUCAAAAGUUUGAAAAAAACUGAUCAGGAAUUACUACAGUCCCAAAUCAACACGAGCCAGGAACACAAGCGUUGGAUGGAAACCCUGUCAGGCAAAAUUGUCGGUUUCAAGACGGAUUUCGACAACGAGUCGAAAGUCUUGGCGGAAAUGGUGAAGGCGUUGGCGGAAAUUCAAAAGAAGGAGAAAGGCAAGUUGGACCAAUUGGGGAAAAAUUUGGACGCCGAGAUGGACAAAUUACGGGACACGUUGGAAGAACAAAACAAAGAACAGCAAGACAAGGGGAAUGAAGAAGAGGCUGAAAAAGAUGCCAAUUUCCAGGAGAGGGUCGGACAAGAUAAUUUGCUUCUGGCGAAAAGGGUGGAAAAAUUAGAAAUGAGCUUAAAAUCCACUCAAACUUCGAUGCGAAAUGAGUCCGACAUUUUCCAACGCGAACUCGGCGACCUUUCGAAGUACGUUGAAGACAAGUUGAAACGAUUCGACGAGUCAUUGCAGGACCAAAACAUGGCGCACAAUAUGGCUCAUGAGCACAUUUCAGAAAAAAUGGAUUCCUGGUCGUCCACGUCGCCAACGAUGCAGUCCCACUUGGCUCGUGGAGAUGAUAUCGAGAUGAUUGAAACCAAUCCGAUUUACCCCCUCGUUUUGGACAGGUUGUCGAAAUUGGAGAAAAAUGUAUCCGUCUUAGAAGAAAAUUAUGGAAAAACUAAUGAAAAAGUGGAAUCCAUGGAGGACACGGACUUGUCGAUUUUGAGUAGAAUUGCGGAUUUGCGAAAUAGCCAUGCGGCGGAACUGAACGGUACGAAAAUCGAGGUGGCGCAUUUAUUUGAAAAAUUGUCGAAUGCAGAAACAAAAUUUCGGGAAGUUUUAGAAAUUAGGGAAGGAAAAUCGAAAUCGAGAAACAAUCCAGAACUGCAAUUCACACAUGAUGGUGACAACAUGCUGAUGGAAAUUGGUGGUUUGAGUAUGGCCGACCCUACUUUCGAACCACCACGAACCGAGGCGGCCCCACCGCAAUCGCUCCAUCGCACGACGACAGAUUUCUACACGACGGUAGGACUUGGAGCUGACGGGGGCCGAGAUGCGGAGGGCGUUGUUGUGCUGAAAGAGAGGAUGGACUCGGUUGAAGAAAACGUAGCAGAAUUGUGGCGCAGUCAGAAGGAGAUAAAAUCAGAGGGGAUCGAAUUGAUCAGAGAUUUGCAAGAGACCCAAGCCAGAUCACAGAAUGAUGCCGAACUCAACCAGAAACGGAUUGACGCCACCACAAAAGCGUUAUCCGAUCUCGUCAGAAACACGACUUAUCGAAUAAUCGCCGUCAAAAGGCAGAUUGACGACUUGGAAGAACUUUUGAAAUCCGAUCGCCGUGGCGAAAGUCAAAACGAUGAAGAACCUCAAAAUGAAGAGGUUUCCGGCCGGGUUAAAACGUCGUCUCUUAUUCCGGAAGACGUUAACCUACUGAGGGAAGAGAUUCAAAGUGUGCGAAAUAUUGUGGACGAUUUGUUAUCAUCGAAUAAAAAUGUGACCAAGGCGCAGGAAUUUUUUCUGCUAAAGUUGCUCGAAAUGGAUCAGGAGCAUAAAAAAGACAACGAAACUCUGGCCGAAGGACUCUUUUCGUUAAGGAACGAGACGGAGGACACCUUUUUAGAAGUGGCGAGAUCCGAAGAACGCCUCAACAAAGUCGUUCAGCAGUUUGAAAUCACAGACGCUGAACAAGUCAAAAUUCGUGAAGAGUUGUGGAACAUAAAGGAUCGUUUAAACGGCUUGGAGGAAAAUUAUGUUAAUUUGUGGAAAACAAAUAAGAAAUUCAUCGCCGAAUUGGAACAAGUUGUUAACAGCGUGGAUAAUAUUAAUUUGGUGCACGGGAAUGAAUUGCAAACCCUGUCCACCGAUUUCUCUUUGAGUAAAGACAAACUCGAAAAUGUGACAAAAACUUGGCGAAAUUUGGACAAUCGGUUAUCAAACGUGGAACUUUUAAUGGACAUGGACGUCGCUCAAGGUCAUGAACCUAACACGAGUGAACUUUCAAAAUUAAAAGGCCGUCUCGCAAACACGGAAAAGGAUGUUUCCGAACUAUGGAAAAGUUCAGAAAUCUUGUCCUUCCAACAGCAAGUGAUGGCGGAAAAUUUCAAGUUUUUGGAAGCUACACAUGAAAACGAUACGAAUGUUGCAUCAGGAGAAAGAAAUCGUAAUCGACAUGACGCCCAGGAUUUGAAAUCACUUUAUGCAAAUGUGACAAAGCGAUUGGCAUCGGUAGAAAAGUGCACGAAUCCACCGUACGAAACGAAAACUAUCAAUUUCCUCAUUCCUGACUGGGCAGCAACUUCGAGUUCCGACGGCGGGCUGGAAGAUGCCUAUUUGGAGUACGAAGUUGGCGGUCUGGUUGGUGAAGAGUCUAGGUGGAAGGCUUGGUUGGGGCUAAAUGGAACUCAUCUCACCCUAUUUAACAUGUUAGUCAGGGCCGAAAAUGGGAUGUGGAACGAGUUCGAGGUCCAACUAAUUGACGGAGAUGGUCGAAUUUUCACAACUUUUGGGCCAGAGCAACAUCUCUAUGCUCGAAAAGGCGACAGCAUUUCGGUGUCAAACGUUGUAUCCCGUCAGACAUUAGAAAACCCCAAAUUUGGUCUGCUAUCCAGAAAUACGCUUCGAUUGAAGGUCAAGGUUCGUGUCUACCCGAAGGUGGACAAGGUCCAGUCUGAAGUGAACACCCAGAAACAAAACCCAUCCGAAAAACAGCUCGUUUUAUGGGAGGUGAAAAACUUGGCGAAUAAGUUGUCGUACAUUGCAAAAAAUCAGGACGAGUUAUUCCGCGAGUUAAAUGUGACAAAGGAGUUCGUCGCAGGUCACUCAUGGAACGGAUUCAGUUUAUGGCGUGCGGGUCUUUUAGCGAAAACGAUAAGUCGCCAAGUUUAUCUCGGGCUGAGCGUGGAUUUAGUGCAGGCUGACGCUGACUGGAAGGCGUUGGAGGCAGAAUACAAUGUCACGAUGCUCGACGCACAUGGCAGGAUUGCCAAAGAGUUUGCCAUUUCGCCGAAUGACUUCAUCUCUGUGUCUGCCCGUCACUCGUACUUCAUGCUGUUGGACGAUGUGGCGGAGAUUUUGACCCGUGGCGACGCCCUCGCCUUCCGCAUCAACUUUGACCUAAGGGCAAAACGGAAGGCCUAUGACGUCGAAGUUAUCCGAUAAUUGAGAAUUAUGCAAAUUAGAGUAUUUAUUAUGGUGUCGGUACAAAGUAGUUAUUUAUUGAGUUGUUUUGUAUUUAAAUGAUAAGAUUUACGUGGGUAUUUUUGUAUGUAAAUAAAUAAUUAAAGAUUUUAUUACCGUUGAAAAAAUUAA